GGGAGGAGGGAGCCGCCGUCGCGGAGCCCCGCCGGGAGCAUGGUCCCCGCCGCGCCGCCGCCGCUCCCGCCGCUGCCGCUGCUGCUGCUGCUGGGGCGGCCGCUGCUCGGGGCGCCGGGGCAGGGCGCGGGCACCUGGUCCCGCUUCGCCCGGCUGCCCUACCCGCAGGACCAGCUCUUCCUCCACGACACCUUCCCCGACGGCUUCCUCUGGGGGGCGGGCAGCGCUGCCUACCAGACGGAGGGCGGCUGGCGCCAGGGCGGCAAAGGCCCCACCGUCUGGGACACCUUCGCCCACCGCCCGGCCACGCCGCCGGGGUCCGUCCCGCCGGGCCCGGCGGGCGGCGACGUGGCCAGCGACAGCUACAACAACCUCUUCCGCGACGCCGAGGGGCUGCGGCGCCUGGGGGUCUCCCACUACCGCUUCUCGCUGGCCUGGGCCCGGCUGCUGCCCAACGGCACGGCGCCCCUCAACCCCGCCGGGCUGGCCCACUACCACCGGCUGCUGGGCCGCCUGCGGGAGCUGGGCGUCGAGCCCGUCGUCACCCUCUACCACUGGGACCUGCCACAGGGCCUGCAGGACGCCUUCGGCGGCUGGGCCAGCCCCGUCCUGCCCCAGCUCUUCCGCGACUACGCCGAGCUCUGCUUCCGCCAUUUUGGCGGGCAGGUGCGCUACUGGCUGACCAUGGACAACCCCUACGUGGUGGCCUGGCACGGCUACGGCACGGGGCGACUGCCGCCCGGCGUGCGGGGUGGCCCACGCCUCGGCUACCGGGCGGCCCACCACCUGCUCCAGGCCCAUGCUAAAGUCUGGCAUCUCUACAAUGACCAUUUUCGUCCGACUCAAAGAGGAAGGGUGUCCAUUGCUCUUAGCUCCCACUGGAUAAAACCUCAACGUAUGACUGAAAAAAACAUAAAAGAAUGUCAAAAAUCCCUUGAUUUCGUGCUUGGCUGGUUUGCUAAGCCCAUAUUUAUUGACGGUGACUAUCCAGAGAGCAUGAGGAGCAACCUCUCAUCUCUGUUGCCCGAAUUCAGUGAAGUUGAGAAGAAGUAUAUCAAGGGAACGGCAGACUUUUUUGCUCUUUCUUUUGGAGCAACCCUGAGUUUCCAGCUCCUGGACUCCCACAUGAAAUUCCAGCAGCUGGAAUCAAUAAGCCUGAGGCAGCUCCUUUACUGGAUAAGCCGUGAAUAUAACAACCCCCAAAUAUUCAUUGUGGAGAACAGCUGGUUUGUUUCUGGUAGCACCAAGAGAGAUGAUGCCAAAUAUAUUUACUAUCUCAAAAAGUUCAUUAUGGAAACUUUAAAAGCCAUCCGGUACGAUGGAGUUAAUGUGUUUGGCUACACAGUCUGGUCACUCCUGGAUGGCUUUGAAUGGCACAGGGGAUACAGCAUUCGACGUGGGCUGUUUUAUGUUGAUUUUCAAAGCCACGACAAGAAGUUGAUGCCCAAAUCUUCUGUCUUAUUCUAUCAAAAGCUGAUAGAAAAAAACGGCUUCCCACCUUUGCCUGAAAAUCAGCCCAUAGAAGGUAUUUUUCCCUGUGGCUUUGCCUGGGGAAUUGUUGACAACUACAUUCAGGUAGACACAACGCCCGCCCAGUUUCUUGACUCUAAUGUUUAUGUGUGGGACGUUCACCAGACAAAGAAGCUUAUUAAAGUGGAUGGAGUUUUCACCUCGAAACGCAAGCGUCACUGUGUUGACUUUGCUGCUAUCAGGCUCCAGAUCUCUCUUCUGCAAGAAAUGCAUGUCACACACUUCCAUUUUUCGCUUAAGUGGUCUUUAAUUCUUCCAUUAGGGAACCUUUCUCUAAUCAACCACACGCUCGUACAUUAUUAUCAGUGUUUUGCUAGUGAACUUCUCAGAGUUAACAUAACUCCUGUUGUUGCUUUAUGGCAACCGAUGGCUGAGAAUCAAGAGCUUCCAGUUUCCCUUGCCAAAUAUGGAGCUUGGGAAAACCCAGAGACCGUUCAGGCUUUUGUUGAGUACGCCAGAUUCUGCUUUACAAGUCUUGGGGACCAUGUCAAAUUUUGGAUCACAAUGAAUGAACCAUCUGUGAAAAACUUGACGUACACCGCAGGGCACAACCUGUUGAAAGCCCAUGCAAAAGCAUGGCAUCUUUAUGACAAAGAAUUCAGGAGAUCUCAGAAGGGUAAAAUAUCUAUAGCUCUGCAAGCUGACUGGGUAGAACCAGCUUGUCCAUUUUCCAGGAAUGACCAAGAUGUUGCUGAUAGAAUUUUAGAGUUUGACGUUGGCUGGCUUGCAGAGCCCAUCUUUGGGAAUGGUGACUAUCCACAGGUGAUGAGAGCGUGGCUUCACCGAAGAAACAGUGUCGACCUGUAUAAUUUCCACUUGCCUUAUUUCUCAGAAGACGAAAAGAAGUUAAUCCAGGGCUCAUUUGAUUUUUUUGCCUUGAGUCACUACACUACUACCCUUGUGGGCUGGGAGAAAGAAGAUGCACUAAAAUACGACCACUACCUUGAAGUUCAAAUGAUCAAUGACAUCACAUGGCUGCACUCCCCCAGCAGAGCUGCAGUAGUGCCCUGGGGACUGCGUAAAUUGCUCAAGUGGGUUAAAUCAAAGUACGGCGAUGUCCCGAUUUAUGUUAUGGCUAAUGGAAUUGACGAUGACCAGAACAUGGUGCAUGAUAAGCUCAGAGUGUAUUACAUACAGAAUUACAUCAAUGAAGCUUUAAAAGCUUACACCUCGGAUAAUGUUAACCUGCAAGGAUAUUUCAUCUAUUCUUUUAAUGACAAGACCGCUCCUAAAUAUGGUCUCUACAGUUUUGUUGCAAAUCAGUAUGAACCAAAGCCUUCGAUGAAGCAUUACAGAGAAAUAAUUGACAAUAACGGUUUUCCUGGUCCUGAAACUCCUGAGUUGGUGUGCGUAGAAGACAUUGCCUCGUGUCCUGAAUGCCACUUCUUUCGAACCAGGAAAUCAUUAUUAGCCUUUAUCUCUUUCGUAUUCGUUGCUUUUAUUGUUACUAUAUUCUUCAUUACUUACUACUCCAAGAGGUUAGAGAGGAGGUAUAAAUAGAGCUGCCCCUUCGAAUACACCACUCACUGCCCCUUCUCUUGCAUCCCCUUGGGAAAUCUGAAAUAAGAGCGCACAAUGUUGUGAUUGCUUCAGCACUAGGAAGGCCUUUACAUUGCCUGAAACUGCAGGACGUUGGCACUGAGAAGAGAUUGCUAGCGUAUGGCUUCCAAAAAUAAUUUUCUCAGGUUUAGUACAUUUGGUUUAUGAACUGUACUUAAUUCCUGUGGUUGGAGUUAUCUCACAACUUUCCUUGGGACCUUUGGUUGAGCAGAUGCUUUCCCUUUCUUGGUUUUGCCUUGCUGAGUUGGACAGGUGAAAGUAUGUUUUGAAGACACGGAGUGGUGGAAGAGCCUGGAUAUCAAAUUCUCCAAGAGAAGACUGGGGAGAAACAAAACGGUUUACUUUUCCAAAUCACAGUUUAACGUUGCUUGAGCAGAGCCAGGACUUGACCGGAGCAGAGACGAAGGAGAAUUGCGCAAAGCGGCGCCAGGGGAAAGGGCACCCCCUUUGCUAAGGCAGGCGCAGGGGGAAAAACGGGGGGACACGAGUCUGUGCUGCUGGCAGCUCUCAGUAAAUCACUUCACUACUAUUCGGGUUGCUGACGGCUUCAUUUGACUUCAGGACGUCAUGGGGGAACUUCAGCUAAAGGAACUGCGUCUUUCUCAGUGUGGAAAGCAGCAGGGGUUAUAACCAGGGAUGGCAGGGGUCAUGCCAUCUGAUGGGAAGAGAGGGGAAGGGUGAGAGUGUUUGCUGUCCCAGCUGUGAGCAAGCUGUGUGCCUGAGCCUGUGCCCAGGGACGCGGCAGGGCUGGGGCACCCCGCUGCUGCACUUCUCGCAGCCGGUUGCACGCGGCUGCCACUCCGCUGCUGCCCGGCUGCUUACCUGCCGGAAACUUGCACAUAAUUCAGUCAGACGGUCUCUGCGUGCCGUUCGUGUUGAGUGUGGAGACUUUAAAUCCCAGCAUUUUGGUGUAAUAAUCCCGCACUUUAUUCUUGCUUUUGCUGCUUUUGCCAGGGUCUGAGAUCUUGAAGCUGUUGCUCCAAGCUUCUUCCAGGUUGGUGGGAGGGUCUCCUUUGAGCAACUGGAUCUGGGCCUGGCAGCAUUUCAUCCCAAAGUAAUACUGAAUUAUCUGAGGGCCUCUCAUUUUUUCUCUCAGCAAGAUAAAUUAGCAAAAUAUUAGCAACAUUGUUCAUUAGGAGAAAUACAGAAUGGAAAAAAAACCCUACAUUUUUUUUGCCUGCCUUGUGAAUCCCUACAGUAGGAGCGUCCUCUGUUUAAAGCAGUGAAGUCACUUCUCUCUAACUCUCGGCCUGCAUUGCCUUCAGCUGGAAUUGUAUUUUUAUUGCUAUGUGAAUAAUGUCACUCAAUGGAAAGAAUAUUUUAAAGGAAAAGUGCUCUGUGUUAAUUAUUUUUCUACUAAAGCUGAUUAUGCUGUAUUAAAUGUGAUGUUUAUCUACUAGAUGACUAGCAGAUGACUAAAUGACCUCCCAAGGUUCCUGUCAACCUGACUACUCCGUGAUUCUAUACUGUAAAUUAAAAUCUACACAUGAAGUAUGAUUUUUAUUUGUAAUUUAAGAUUAUAUUUUUUCUUUAAAUAUCUCUAGAAAUAAGAAAGAAUUAGUAUCUUAUCAUAAUGAUUAAUCUAUUUGUCCUCUGGUUCCAGUCUUAAAAUGUUCUUUCUUUGCACUAAUGUAUAUUUUGAUAUUGAGAUUAAGGUGUAAAAUUCAGGGUAAGUGAUGGAGUAUUAACAAUAGAUAUAAAAAUUAUUUAUAGCCUGAUAGGUCUUGCGGAAGAAAAGCAAAUUUUAAACUGCUGUAUAUUUAUGCAUUGGUGCCUGGCACAGUGUGGAUUACAAGGAAAUAGCUCUCCCUAAAUGUGUGAAAUGCCGAAUGGCUUUCUCCAUGGUGUGGCAAUGAAUCACCUUGCAAUACAUUACUCCAGUAGUCAGAGGCCUUCACAGUACAUAACAAAAAGUGACGCUCAUUUAAUACCAGCUGUAGCCACGUCAGGCCUAGCUUGCGUGUUCUGUGCGUGCGCGUACGGGUGUUAUAAUUGUUUUGCUGUUGCUUAAACAAAAGCGAGUGUGGAGCGGAUCUCUGUGAGGAGCCCGGCGUACGGUGCCUCCCCCGGGCCUGCGGGGGCUCAGGGGGCCUGGGCAGGGCGAGCCCAGAAGAGCCACGGGUGCUGUGCCGGUGGGCACCGGCCCGGCCCGGCUCUGGGCCAGCCAUCAGCCGCCCGGCGAGCUGCUGCCCUGGGCUGUGGCACGGCCCGGCCCCAGCGCGGUGCCUGAAACAGCAGCCCGAGCAGGGAGCAGGCACUGCGGGCUCUUCCUGGCGAGGCUGGGUGAUAUGUAACCACCGACAGGCAGAUGGCACCAGCUGGAUAUCUAAUUUGUAGGUAAAUCGGGGUUUGUUGCUACGAAGCUGUCCGCUUGCACCCACGCCCGGUGCCGUGGCCUAUGGAAAACAAGGCAGCCCUUGGUGCAGUUCCCUUCAGAAGAGUUUUUAAAUAUCGCUCCAGAGCAGCGACCGGCUCGAGCUGGGCACAGCGGUUGCCAAAGUUUUCUCCUAAGCAGCCUGGCUGCCUGUGCACAGCAGCGCAUAGCUCCCGGCAGAUGAUGAUGGGCCAGGGAAAACACAGGCUGGUCUGAUGGGGAUAAGGGUAUGGUUUUGCCUCGGGAAUCUGCUUCAUUUUAUGUAAUCAGAGGCCAGGGCGAGUUUCUUGUCAAUCUUCUUGAAAAAAAUGGCUCUCCACUAACAACAAAAAAAGCCCUCGAAUAGGCAAAGAUUAGAUACCUGCCCAAGGAGAAUUGCAGUGUGCUCAUGCAGACUGACGCGGGAAUCGCUGCCUGCGAUCAGGCUGCGGGCUCUGGGGCACUUCUUCGUUCAAGACCCGCGUGUGAGCGAUGACCUGGCACUUCCCCGUCACCGUCUGUGCGUCUAGAGCAGAGGUGCCGGCAGUAACAAGGACUUUGGGCAGAGGGGACUCCAUAGUCAGGCUGCGAAGACAGCUCAGGGGAGGACGAUAUUUUAUUUUCGGAAGAGCAACCGGAGUCUACGUGUGGUGGCUGUUAGCAUGCAGUGUCUUACGUAGACUAGUUUCUUGAUUUUAACGGUGUUUCUAGAAUUAAACGUUAUUGCCAGUUUGCUCAAUGCUCCAGAUUAAACAUGUUGUCAAAAAGGAAAUUAUAUUUUUAUUCUAAAUAUUUUUGUGAUGUGAGCGCAAGGCUUCUGUUUCAUUUCUUGAAAAGAUUGUGCAGAGUGACUGUGGGAAAGAUGUCUUUGCUAAAUGAAAGAACGAGUGGCACAUUGUUUUUCUAACAAUCGCAGAAAUUAAAUAAAGAUACUGUACAUAUCAAAUAGUAA